AGUUUCUGAAACUGACCAUUUCAACAGGCUGUCUUUUUUAUCUUCAAACGUGUUUAAAAAUAUUACAAAUGGCUUGAACCUUUUCCCAAAAGUUUAAAUUAUUGAAUAGAAUAGUUGAACGCCAGAGGCUAAAUCUAGUAACAAUAUGGAAAUCAUAGGGACCCUAUAUGGUAAGUAGCGGUCUACGCGACGUAGGGAGACGAGAACUCUCGGGAUUCCCUUAUCUCACUUCCUACCGUGUGCAGUCGAUUCUCCGCGCACUUCGCGACGGGCGAUAAGCGCAGAAAUUCAUUAAAAAUCCGCCAACCGUCUUAUACUCCUAAACUGUUUACAAAAUUAGUGAGGAACGUGAAAUUUUGAUUAUUGGAAAUAGUGAAGGAUGAACGAGGCAUCGAAAUCCGACGACGGGGAUGUUAAAGUGGAAAAACCAACGAACAAUUAUGAAAGCCAAGAGACUAGGCGUGGCGUCCCUCUGAGAGUCUGCAAAUAUUGUGGUGCAAUAUGGAAAUCCAUUCAUUAUUGUCCAGCUGCCACGAAAACCUGCAUUGGAUGUGGAAAAGUCGGCCAUUACGCGAAAAUGUGUCGGUCCUCAAACCAAAAUGACAAGAACAGUAAUAAGUCUCAUUACGAUCACAGAAAUCCGAAGAAAAAUUAUCAGGACAACAGGAAAAAUUGUCGGGCUGAUAAUAGAUCUGAUGGAACGAGUGAUUCUGAGUACAAAGGGCCUCCGAGGACUGGCCCAUGGGCCCAGGGCCCCAGGACUCACUACAAUCGGAAUUGGCAUCAGCAGGACAACAGAGCACCACCUCCAGGAGGACCGCCUCCAGAAGGUGAGAAGUCUGGGGAUCACCAGCACUGGCGAAAUUCUAAUCAUCAGAAUCGCGGUAACUCCAGACACUUUGGAUAUCGUAGGUCGAACUAUCGGGGACAGGGGAGGAGAACAUUUCAGGGACCGAGACCGGAGAGAUCAAAAAAUUGUGGUGAUAACACGGAUUGUGAUAAUGAUGAUAACAAAUCGCGGGAGAAUCCCAGGGAUGAGUCACCCGGAGAAUCGGAAGGUGCAACAAAAUUUGAUCGAUCGAGUUACAGACGAAAAAAUUAUUCGGAAAAUUGUGGAGAUGAGAAAAAUGAGGAGUUUCAGGAACGUGGGGCAAAAUUUGAUCAAUCGAGUUACAAAGGAAAAAAUCAUUCGGAAAAUUGUGGAAAUGAGAAAGAUGAGGAGUUUCAGGAUCUUAACGAAAAAUUUGAUCAAUGGAAUUACGGACGAAAAAAUCAUUCGGAAAAUUGCAAAGAUGAGAAAAAUGAGGAGUCUCAGGAACGUGGGGAACGGUCUAAGGAUGAAGUUGGAGAAGAGAACAGCAGCUCGACGGAAGGUGAUGCCGAUAACUGUCAGAACGCGGGGGAACGGUCUGGGAAGGAUUCGAGAUACGCGUACACGAAUGUCGGUCAGUCUCGGUACGAUCCGAGGAGGGAGAAUUCCAAGCCAGCAAAUUUUUCUAAUGAGAAUAAUCAACCGAAGGCCGAUGGUAAUAGAAAUCAAACGACGUCGGACAAGACCAUUGAACUGAACCAGAGGUUGGCGAAACUUCAAUAUGAAAGUGGACGCUACGAAUGUGCUCUCUUAUAUUAUUCCAAACUGAUCGAAUUGUGCCCCACUGAUCCAAUCCACUUCAAUAAUCGUAGUGCUUGCUACAUAAGGUUGCAGCAGUUCGAUCGUGGUUACCUCGAUGCACUAAACGUUAUUCAAAGGGAUCCUUCAUCCGUCAAGGGGUACAUACGGCUGAUUAUGUGUUCUAUGGCUCUCGGUAUCCAGAUUUCUGCACGUAUCCAUCUAGACCAAUUAUCGAAAAUCAAUCCAAAUCUUGACAUCAUAUCUACCGAACGUACCAGACUGAACGAACUAAACAGACAUUUGCAGAAGGUGGCGAUCGCCAUCACAAAGAAAGAUUAUAAAAUGGCCCUGAAUAGUAUCAAUGACUGUCUGGGCAUCAGUCCCUUUUGCUCGUCCUUCAAAGUAAAAAAGGCGGAAUAUUUGGCAUUGCUCAAUCGUCACGAAGAAGCUAAAAAGAUACUCGACGAGAUACUGCAGCAGGAUUCCAUCAAUGUUGAUGCACAAUACAUUCUUGGACUUCGGAUAUAUUAUACUAAUCUCGAGGAAGCUGUGGCCUACUUCAAAAAGGUUCUCCAACUUGAUCCGGAUCACACAAAAUCUCAUAAAAUCGUUAAGGAAAUCAAACUAUUCAUGAACUUGAAAUCAGCAGGAAACACACAACUCGAGUACAGAAAUUUCCACGGCGCCCAUGUUACCUACGUAUCAGCCCUCUCAAUAGACCCUAACAAUCCACUCAUGCAAAGGAAGCUGUUCUACAACAUGGGUCAGGCAUCCUUUAACCUCAAGAAUUAUGAAAGAGCUAUUAAGGAAUACUCACAGGCCAUAGAUAUCGAUUCAACUGACGUGCGAUAUCUGAAACAAAGAGGACAUUGUUACAUGGAAAUGAAAGAAUAUGAAGAAGCUAUUGCUGAUUUUUCCAGGGUCUGUAAUCUGGACCCUGGAAAUGAGUGUAACAAAUUGAUCCUGGAGGCUGAGAGGUUGUUGGCACAGGUGAAGAAGGAUCCAUAUAAGCUUUUGGGAGUGAGUAUGGAUCCAUCGCUUGAAGAGAUUAGACAAGCGUACAGGGAGAAGGCGAUGAUACACCAUCCUGAUCGCCAUGUGAAUGACACUGAACAGCAGCAGAAAAAACACGAGAGGAUAUUUAAAGAUAUUUUAAACGCUUAUAAAGAGCUGGAAGCCUCGUGCAAAAGGACAUUGAUAUAAUAUAUCGUAUAUAAUAUCUAAUGUGUGAUAUACAAUAUGUAGUAUAUGGAGAAUUUUGACGGAAAACUUUGGAAAUUUUCGAGAUCUGAGCACUUGGUUGAGUGAUAGUCGAUGACGGUUCAAUUGCUCGAUGAUUCUUAUUCGAUGAAUAAGAAUCGAUAGUCGAUGGCGAUUCGAUUGUCUGACGAUUGAUAAAUGAUGAUUAAGGGACUUCCACAGUAUAGGUGGGGGAACAUAGAGUGGGGGUAAAGAUCAAAGGUUCCGACAGCUCGCGACAACUUGCGAAAAAACAUACAUCAAAUAUAAAUGAGUAAAUGUAUGCAUAGAAAUCAGUCUGAUUUGUUUCCUUUCAGUUAUUGGUGAUGAAUAAAUUAAUUCAAAACGUU